UUGAGAAACUUUGCAUUCAUCUGCAGUUCGUGAACGGUUCUCGGCAUCAGUCAGUGGAAGACUCGCAAGUGAACAACACCACGUCGUACUCAAUCUCGAAUAUGGCUGUCCUACAGUUUGUUAUUACGUUGGCUCUUAUCGGCUGGACACAAGCCUACAACUGCCCGUACCCCAACGGCUACUUUUCGGAUGAAUCCCGAUGUGAGAAGUUUUGGGAAUGCCGUGAAGGUGUCGCCGAGGAGGUCUCCUGCCCCGACGGUCUCUUGGUGAACGAAAAAGCCGCUGCUUUCCGCUACCCAUGUGACUACCCUGUUGAUGUCGAAUGCGGCAAGAGGACUAUUCCACCUGCUGAGGGACCAUCGGGCAACUGCGCUCGCAAAUGGGGCAUGUUCAAGACUGGCUCCGACAACAGCUGCGGUGAUUUCGUCAACUGUGUGGAUGGAGUUGAGCACCAGUUUAAAUGUCCCGAAGGAUUAGCUUGGCACCCAACUCUCUGGCGCUGCGAAUGGCCAGACCAGGUUCCUACUUGCAACGUCGAAGCUUUCCUCGGCUUCAAAUGCCCUGACGUUGACGAAUAUGUCGCUGCCACCAACCCAGUCUACGGACACCCGACCGAUUGCGCUCGCUACUUCGUCUGCAUUGAGGGAAAUAAACCAAGACUGAACGUCUGCGGAGCUAAAACUGUAUUCGACAAGUCUAUCGGUGCUUGCGGAGCUCCAGAAAGCGUCCCAGCUUGCGCCAACUACUAUCCCCCCGAAUCCGAAAAGUACUCAGCUUAAAAACCUUCCUUAAAAUCUAGGCCGCACUUGUAUAGCAGGGUCAAGGGAAAACCACGAAUUGCGAGGGAUGAAGAGAAUGUCGUAUUAAUGUAUUGUUUUGUGUUAUGGAUUAAAGCGAAUACACAAUAUUUUUCCCAAUUA